AUGUCUCCCAAAGUACGGAGACGCUCGUUCGAGCUGAUUUCAGCUGCCCUGCACAAUCAGUCGCAGGAGAAAGCUAUCCCCGAACUCAGUCAGGUUGCGGACAUAUUACUGAAAGGAAUCAGCGAUAAAGACCGUUCGGUUCGACUUAGUGCUGGAUCUUCAGUAGUGGAGUUCAUUAAAUUGCAUGAGGUACUUGGCGAGACACGAGGAGUCGAGGCGGUAUUGGCGAUCAUUCGAAGAAUUCUGGAGUCGUCAGCUAAAGCAGCUUUGAAAGAGACAACGUUGAUCCUUGCCGGAUCCAUAGCAAAAGUGGCGAAAUCUGAAACCCUUGGUCAAGCUCUUCUUUGCCUCAUCACUCAGCUUGGCGACGACAACCCUACUCUGAAGGGUAUUGCUUAUGUGAAGCUUCUAGAAGUCGCCAAGGCGCGAAAUACAACGUCAUACAGUCUUUUCUCGCCGUACUUGAGCCGAAUAGCGCCGUACAUUGUCUCUCGCAUUUGCAUGAAGCCGACGAUGAUUAUUGAAACAUCCCGUUUCCUCAUGAUUCGUCAUCAGGACUUCCUUAAUCUAACUUUACCAUUUACUCUUCCCCAGCUUUUCGCAAGCUGCGACUUCAGAGCAAUCGAGCAGGUGGCGGAUGAAGUCGGUAUAAAGCAGUCGAAGCUCUUUUUGGAUCAUUCUCAUAUCGUGCUGGCCAAUGUCUUCCAGCUUCAAGGUCCAGGGCAACCGGCGAAAUCUCUAAACUUCAUCGUGAACGCGUUAAUGAAAGACAGCGCGCCCAAUAGCAAAGCAAGCAUCGAUGUACAGAGCAUCACACAGAUUUGCAUUGUACCAUUGCUUGCAGAACUAGUCAUUUUCCUAGGAGAUACUGGCGUCAACGAUGCUGUGGCCCUUCAAGCCCUCAAGAGGAUCGAUCGUUUGUUGAAUAUAAGUACCGAAGAACGACCGUCAGCAUCGCAGCCAAAUAUUGCAGACCUUUUACACUCCUACAUGCUUGGCGUCUUAUCCCACCUGAACGAUAUGCUACAAGAUUUUAAGGGCAAGAAGAGUGUUGAGAACAAAUGUCAGAUGAUCCGAGGUCUGGGAGAGUUUGUCAAGCAUAUAGGGCCUCCUGUUCACGGAAUUGCUCCUCAAGUUAUGGCCACCCUUCAAACCAUGCUCUUAGUUCCAGAGCUAGCAGAAGCUACCCUUUCCUCCUGGUUCAUCUUCCUCUCCACCCUAUCAGAGAAGGACGUGGCUCCGUAUUUGGGGCCUUCCAGCGCUUCACUACUUUGCUCCUGGCCAGUACUAACGUCUUCCGGUCGUCAGGCCGCUUUCAAGUGCCUAGAAUUCAUCGUCACCAACGAUGAUGUACUCCUCGAUGAAAUCGUGGACAUGAGCUCAAUACCGGAUCUUCAAGAAGUCUCUCAACGACUCCUGAGCUCGCGAAGAGCAUGGGGUUCUCGCACGAAACUAGAGAAGAUUCUAGACCGCUCAACUAGUGAUAAUUAUGCCGUCACAAUGCAGGCUUUGCGGGAGCUCAAAUCUUUUAUGCUCAACUCAAACGAUGCUUUUGUCCGCACUCUUACUUCCGGAGACAUCUUUGAUCCAUUAGCCAGCCGGAUUUUCUCAGUCCUACUCGCCGCUGCUUGUCGUGAUGGCCAUCACGAGUCUCUGAGGUUAAUGGCGUUUGAAUGCAUGGGGAUCUUGGGAGCUCUUGAUCCUGAUCGUUGCGAGAUAGGCGUCAGCGAAUCGGCGAUGAUAGUGCGAACUAACUUCAAUGACGAAGCAGAGUCUGUGCUCUUUGCGAUACAUCUUCUCAAAGAUGUUCUUGUCGGGGCUUUUCGCUCAACAACCGACAUCAAAUAUCAAGGUCAUCUUGCUUUUACCAUCCAAGAAUUACUGCGGUUCUGUAAUUUCACUCCGGACCUUGUUGUCACUGGGAAGACUACCUCUAUACCAUCGAAAGUCCGAAACCGCUGGGCUUCUUUGCCAAAAUACGUGAUUGAAACUGUCGCCCCUUUACUUGGGGCUCGCUUCAACGCUCCUAGGAAGCCCUUGGCUGCACUGAAUCAUCCCAUCUACAAGCAUGAGAAAACGUAUCGUGAAUGGUUGCAGCAGUGGACUGCAUAUCUCAUAACCAAGGCCUCUGGCAAGACGGCGAAGACGAUCUUCGGAAACUUUCACUCUGCUAUUCGGAACAAAGACGUCGGAGUUGCUCAUCAUAUCUUACCGCAUCUGGUCCUCAAUAUCUUGUUGUCUGGGCACGAAGACGACGCACAGGCUAUUUUGAAGGAGCUACUCGUCGUUCUUGAGGACCAGGUCGACCCAGCGAGUCUCUCGAGCAACGACAAAAAGUUUCUGAGCGCACAGGUUGUAUUCAUGCUUCUUGAUCAUAUUAGCAAAUACGUUCGUAUUCUUCGCCAGGAUAUUGCCAACAGGAAAUCGGACAACAAGCGAACUCGCGCACAGCAGAUGGCCGUUGAAGGCGAAGACCUACUGAUUCGAUUAGACUCUGUCACCUCUAACAUCAAUCAUGAGUUGAUGGCCAAGGCGGCCCUGCAGUGUCAAGCUUACGAACGAGCCCUCAUGCACUUUGAACAGCAGAUAACGGUCAUCCGAGAACGACAAGAAGGCGCGCAGAAGAAGGACUUGACACCUUACUACGAUAAACUUCAUGAAAUAUACGCUCAGCUAGAUGAACCAGACGGAAUGGAAGGUAUUUCAACCCUAAUUCUCUCGCCAUCUUUAGAGCACCAGAUACGGCAGCACGAAAGUACUGGUCAUUGGACUUCAGCUCAGAGCUGUUGGGAGGUCCGCCUGCAACAGGAUCCGGAUAACCUCGACUUUCACUUGGGAUUGCUUCGGUGCCUCAGAAACUUGGGCCAUUAUGAUACUCUACGAACCCAUGUGCAAGGCGUUCUUGUUCGAAAUCCUGACUGGAAUGAUGCAUUGGCGGGAUACCAGGCUGAGAGCGCGUGGAUGAUAGGCGCGUGGGACGACGUCGAGAGGAUUGUGAAGAGUACCUCCAACCGCAAUUCGUCACUGGUCAAAGCCGACGUUCUUCUUGCUGUCAGAUCCGGAAAUGCAACAAGAGUCGAGGAGGUUUUAUCAUCGGCGCGCUCAGUUAUAGGUUCAUCGAUCACAACUUCGGGUGUUAAGGGCUACCGACGCUCCUAUGACGCCCUAUUGGACCUUCAUCUAAUUCACGAGGUUGAACUGAUCCGCGAUCAUGUUUUCAAUCUUCCCGUCAAUUCUCAAGAACGACGUACGCAGCUACGGUCUUUGGGCGAUAGCCUCGACGCUCGAUUGGACAAAACUAUACCCAGUUACCGAACCAGAGAAACCAUACUUAGCAUGCGGAGAACAGCCUUCUCUCUCAGUGCGAUACCGCAACCAUCGGUGGCAAUUGAAGUAGGACGUUCAUGGCUGGCGAGUGCGAAGAUCGCACGGAAGACGGGGCAAUGGCAAACCGCUUACAGCGCUAUGCUUCAAUCUCAACAAACUCAGCUGAAGUUUUCAUUCAUGGAGAGUGCGAAGCUAGUCAAGGCUGCAGGAGAGCCAUUGCGUGCUCUCCAGGAGCUUGAAAAUUCGAUGCGUCUGGCAGGCAUUCUUGAAAGCAAGAGUGACACCAUUGAUCUCACGAAUGAUACGGACGCAAGCAAGAAGAUGGUCGCCAAGGCUUAUGUCCUACUGGCUCGCUGGAUGAACGAGUCUGAUCGCUUCGAAGCGACCGACGUUCUUAAUACCUUUGGAGAGGCCACUAAACUCUCGCCAGCCUGGGAAAGUGCUCAUUUUUACCUCGGCCAAUUCCAUGACCAGUGUUACAAGAUGUUGCCGUCGCAAGACCUGGGAGAUAGAGGAGUUCGAAUGAACUUGCACACAAUCCGAAAUUUCGCAAAAGCUAUCAUACACGGAUCCAAAUACGUGUAUCAAACGGUGCCCCGACUACUUACCCUUUGGCUAGACAUGGGCGAGCACCAGGAGAUCAGAACUUCGCCCGCGUUUACAAAAGUCAAUGGUGCGGUUUCGACUGCAGUAGAUAAUAUACCAGUGUACAAGUGGUUCACUGCGUUCCCGCAAAUUGUUUCCAGAGUCGGCCAUGAUAAUGUCAAAGUUUACCAGAUCCUCGCAAAACUGAUAGCGAAAGUGAUCAAGGCAUAUCCACAUCAAGCUCUGUGGCUCUUCACAUCAGUCGUAAAGUCAACCAAAUCCGCUCGAGAGGAGCGUGGACGGCACAUCCUGGAGAAGUUGAAGAAUGACAUUGCCCAUGCGGGGACACCGCUUCCAGGUCUCAUCCAAGAGUGUGGAAAGAUGACUGACGAGCUGUUGCGCAUGUGCAACUACCCUAUCAAUGACGAGCGCAAGGUCUUGAGCAUGAAAAAAUCCUUCCCAGCGCUCGCCCGACUUGGCCACUCGCCUCUUAUUAUCCCACUGCAAGAAUCCUUGACGCCGAAUGUUCCGGUAUCAUCAUCGUCCGGCAAUGACUACAAUCCCUUCCCAUUUGAUGCACCUACUUUUCAUGAAUUCUUUGACGACAUCGAGGUGAUGCACUCGCUUGCGAAACCACGUAAGAUCACCAUACGUGGAAGCGAUGGCCAGAUAUACAUGUUCCUGGGCAAACCGAAGGAUGAUCUGCGGAAAGAUGCUCGUCUUAUGGAUUUCAACGCCAUCAUCAACAAACUUCUCAAGGCUAAUUCUGAGUCUCGGCGACGGCAGCUUCGGAUCCGCACGUAUGGCGUUGUUACGCUGAAUGAAGAAUGUGGUUUCAUUCAAUGGGUCCCAAAUACGAUUCCUGUGAGGCCGGUACUCCUGAAGGGCUACGAGUCUCGACGGAUUUCAAGUUGGAAUGGAGAGUUGAGCGCAGUGUUCAGACGCAUCAAGGAGGUUCCGGACAAGGAGGCAGCGGUGCUUUAUCAGACAAAGGUUCUGACACAAUUCCCUCCGGUAUUCCACGAAUGGUUCAUCGAGACGUUCCCCGAGCCAUCUGCUUGGCUGGCUAGCCGGCUGUCCUAUGGGCGAACAGCAGCUGUGAUGUCGAUGGUCGGCUUCAUCUUGGGAUUGGGCGAUAGACACUGCGAAAACAUCCUGCUAGACGUGAACACUGGUGAUGUUGUGCACGUCGAUUUUAACUGUUUGUUUGAAAAGGGAAAAACACUGGAAACGCCAGAACGUGUUCCUUUCAGACUGACGCAGAACCUUGUCGAUGGACUUGGCGUAACAGGCGUCGAAGGCGUUUUCCGGAUUGCAUGCGAAGUGACAAUGCGACUUCUAAGGGAUAAUAAGGACUCGUUGAUGAGCGUUCUGGACGCCUUCAUUCACGACCCGCUUGUCGAAUGGGAGGAUGAGAAGCGCAAGAUGGAACGCGAUGGCGCAAAGCGGAACGUAGUCCGUUCGACAACAGAUCUGCGACAUCUUGCCAAAAAUGCUUUAAAUCCCAUAGAGAAGAAGCUAAGGGGGGUAUACGUCGCUCGCUCCAACAAGGAGCGAAUAGAGAAGGAAAUGUCUGUGGGUAAUCUGGUACAAGUUCUCAUACAGGAGUCGACAGACCCUGCAAAUCUGGCGAAAAUGUAUCCCGGAUGGUGUUCAUGGCAUUGA